AGCAGCCAGCAGUGGGCAAGUUGUUGUGUUUGUGUUUUGGGAGAGACUUGCUUGCUCGCAAAACAACAAACACCACCCACCACCAACACCAACACCACGCUUGACGUUCGCGUGCAAAAGCACCCAGUGUUGAGGGGUGGAAGACGAGGGCUGGAAGGUGGGGAGGACAGCACUACACACACCAAUCAGCUCAAGCAACACACAACACAAGCAAUAGAGAGCGACGCAGCAGACGUACCCCCCCCCCCACACACACACACUCUCUCUCGCACGCACACACACACACACACUCGCACGCACACAGUUGAGGCCAAGCAUGCCGUCAACAACGACGGUCAAGGCGCGGUACCUUGGGCCUGUGCUGCUGAGUGGGCCGGGCGACCCGGCUUCAAUGGACAACGCGGUGAAGCGGCUGAGGGCAUCGGCGCAGGUGGCCCGCGCCUCCGUGCACAUCAGCAACGAGAGCGUCAAGAUCACAGAUCGAGCAGGCAAGGACGUGCUGCUGCUAGCGGAGCGGGAAAACAUCUGCUGCCAUGGCAUGCAGCCCAACUCCACGACCUUCCUCUGCCUGGUGGUGGACCAGAACUCCCGCUACUAUUGUCACGUCAUCAACAUGCCCAAGUCGGAGGCGUCCAAAGCAUGCCGUGCGCUGGUAGACUGUUUUGGUGGCGGGGACGGCGAGAUUGUACCGUCGUGGAAGUCAAAGAACAAGAAGCGCCUCCGGCAGUCCGUCAAGCCUGGCCGUCGCAGGUCGUCCAUCUCCGCAGCCCCCUCCAACGGCUUUGACGAGCACGCAACACGCUCCGUCGCCUCUCCACGUGCUGUGGUUGUCUCUGCUGAACAACUCGCUCGAGAGCGAGAGACGUUCCCGCGAAAGUUUGUUGGCAUGUAUCUUGGUGCACAGCCUGUCGAUGCCCUCUUUGGUGCGGACGUCAUUCGCAAAGCUGUCGAGGAAAACGGCCAGGAGCGCCUGCGCCAACACAUGGCCGACACAACCGCUGGCUUUGGCGAUCCCGUCACCGUCAUCGUCUCCACACAGAACGUCCGCACCAUGGACAGAACAACAGGAUCGGUGAUGAUGUCUGAGUUCAUCAAGAACAUCUCGUACACGUCUGUGCUGGAUUCUGUGGACGGCAAUGAUGUGUUUGCCUUCAUCGCAGUCAACAAGCGCAUUGGCGGCAUCCACUGCCACAUCUACCACGUGCCGCGCGGGCAGGGCCAGCUCGCGUACAUGGCUGUCGAGACGGCGUUUAAACUCCUCGCCGCAGACGAAAAGGCGAUUGGCGACAAUCCGUUUGCGGUGACGGACCCAAAGCGCGAGCCAGCACCAGCCAUCCUCUUCAAGCACCAGAUUCACAGGGCCGACCUCAAGGCAUUGCAACAGAUUGGGGCUGGCCAGUUUGGUGCCGUCUACACGGCGUACCAAUACACGCGCGUACGUGCUCCCAACACGCUGGUGGCAGCGAGUGGCAUGCGUUGUGCUCGCGCCUCGCGUUUGUCUACACGUUGCUGUACCACUGGCUGA